AUAACCGCCCGGUGGGCGGAGCUUCUCUGAAGCAGUCGGAGAGCAGAGCACUGCGGUGAAGAAGUGACUGAAAGGAGCCUCAACCGUGGACUUUAUAGCGUAACAAGACGACUCAAGUGGCUGGUGAGAAGAUAUGGCAGCCAUUCGCAAGAAGCUGGUGAUUGUUGGUGAUGGAGCUUGUGGGAAAACAUGUCUCCUCAUAGUUUUCAGCAAAGACCAGUUUCCGGAAGUCUACGUUCCGACCGUGUUUGAGAACUACAUAGCUGAUAUUGAAGUUGAUGGGAAACAGGUGGAGUUGGCACUGUGGGAUACUGCAGGCCAAGAAGACUACGACAGGUUGAGGCCUCUCUCCUACCCGGAUACUGACGUCAUCUUAAUGUGCUUUUCCAUUGAUAGCCCAGACAGUUUAGAAAACAUUCCCGAGAAGUGGACGCCUGAGGUGAAGCACUUCUGUCCCAAUGUUCCCAUUAUCCUGGUGGGGAACAAGAAGGACCUGAGGAACGAUGAGCACACACGGAGAGAGCUGGCCAAAAUGAAGCAGGAGCCGGUGAAGACUGAGGAAGGCCGAGAGAUGGCCACCAGGAUCAACGCCUUUGGUUACCUGGAGUGCUCAGCAAAGACCAAGGAUGGUGUGCGGGAGGUGUUCGAGAUGGCCACCAGGGCAGCAUUGCAGGUCCGCAAACGCAAGAAGAGAAGCGCCUGCGCACUGUUGUGAGCCGUCCGUCCACACACAUACGCACGCACACACACAUACCGUGAGAAAACAAACAUGAAAAGGACUGGCCUUUAUACCAAAUGGCAUCUUUGUACUGUAUGCUGCAUUUCAUGGUAGGAGUCAGGCAGGCCGAUUGUAUGCAAAAAUACAGGAAACGGACUUUGUCGAUAUUAGAAAUUGAUAUUUCAAAUUCCUUGUUGAUUUUGCUUUUCUUUGGCUUUAAACACAAUGCAUGUUUUCAUUAAUAUUUGUCAUGAGGUAGUCAUAUUAGAAUGCAAUAUUGCUGAGUUAGGGUAGGAAGCAUUCUUCCUUGCUAAUAUUUUGUCUCUCUGCGCAAGGUCCUGCCCCAAAAAAUGUUUAUCUGCAAAAUCGACUUGUGCAUAAAAGCUAGUGCCUUUAAUUUGUCUACACACGUGUAAUUCUCAUUGUGUUGUCAUUGUGAACACCACAGCUGCGGCUUUCUGCCCUGCUGGCCUCUCACUAAGCGCAAAAAGCGACAGCUUGUGUCACCACGUGGAACCUCAAUGUUCCUGCGCAGUUGCUCACCCUAAAAAUGUCUCUUCGCUCCUGCUCUUGUGAUGUGACAAACAACCAAGAAAGGAAUUCUCACCAUUUUUACCCGAGAUGUGAUUAUCCGCGUGUGUUGCCAAUUUGCGCUGUGGAAGCGGGUCAAAACAACACAAUCUAGUGUGUGUAACUAACAGCUGGCUGCAGAACCCUAACCCCCCGCCUCCUACAUAGGCACAGCUAAGCGGGUUUUGGACCCACCCGCUGCUGGAAUCUGCGUUCGACAGGUUAACCUGGUCGUGGAACACCAUGUGUCUUGAUUUCCAACGGGUCUGCAUUCUUUCUGUGUUUGGCCCAGUGAGGAGUUUGUGUCCCCCCCGGUGCCUUCUCUGUUUUGGUUGUCUCUCAGACCAGAUAGACCAGAUGAGCUUGCGUUUCAGUUUUGGCAGCUCAAAUGCAAACACAUUAGCAAAGAGGCAGGCCAAAAUGGACCAUACCUGCAACACAUGUCUUGAACAUCCCUAGAAAACCUCCAGCAGUCAUAAAGAUGUCUUCUGCUAGCAAAAAAAAAAUAAAAAAUCUUCUGGUUGUGGACAAUAUGACGAGCCGUUGUUGCAGCCACCACACAAUAAUGCACAACAAGCAUACUGACGCUGCAAGAAUCUUAAAAAAAAAAAAAUUACUUAUCAGUGGACAUGAAUGUGUGUGGCUUGACGCUGUGUAAAAGUAUUUAUUGGGUAAUGGAGGUCAUGCAGCUGGAGGCGCGGCAUUUCCAGAGAGGAGCAGAGAUGCUGGCGGUGCAUGCUACUACAUGUGCUAGCCUCGCUGCAGUUUCAGGCAUCGCUCUUUUUUUUUUCUUCUCCAUCUGCGAGUACAAGUGGAACCUCCAAAGUGGGACACACAUGACGCUGCUUGACUUCCAUGUUUUUCCCCAUCGGAAAUAAUGUUACAUGAAUUAAUUUGGUCCGAGUCAAACUCUCGCUAUCAGAUCUGCUGAAUAGUAGAAUAAAAAAAAAAAAGUAGAACUACUCAUGCUUUGAAAACAUUUUUUGGAGGUUCCACUGUAUUUGACUUGACAGGAUCCACAUUUAUACAUGUAAGCUUUCAGCUUUUGUAAACGUUACACAGCGAAUGUUUCAUUCCAAGUGAACAUUGUUAAUAAACUAUUUUUGCAACAAUGCGAAA